AUGAGGGGCCUCCUGCAAUCAGCCAAUGACCAGGCUGCAGCAAUGUUGGUCCUUGCCAAGGUGCUGAAGGACAAGAUGUGCAAGGAGGAGAAACGAGAUAGAUUUGGUGAUGCUGGAAAGGUGGUAAAGCAGCCCGAGAUGUUUUACCCAAAGAACCGACAGGAAGAGCUGACGCAGUGGCAAGGCUGGCGUUUGGGUUUCAGGUCAUGGUUGUUCGAUGCCCAGGAGGACUACCGCACUGACCUGGACAACGUUGAAAAGAGGACCACUGCAAUUGACUUCAUCGACAUGACUUUGGAGCAACAUGCAGGAGCUGAACGACUUCAUAGCAUCUUGGUUGGUCUUCUUCGCGGACGCACCUUGAAGAUCCUUAGGUCGGUUGAGGAAGGGAAUGGAUUGGAGGCCUGGAGAGCGCUCAAUAGACAGAUGGCACCGAGAACAAGGGCAAUGAGCAUAGCGCUUUUGCAGGCGUUUCUGAGCCAUCCACCCUUCAACAGCGAGAAGACGGUGACCGAGCAAGUGUUGGGCCUUGAGCGCUUGGCUGAGGAGUACCAUAGUGUGGCUGGAGAAGAGAUCAGCGACAACACCAAGCUGAGCGUCUUGCUGCAGGACAAGCACCAGCACGAUGAGGCAGUUCCGAUGGAGGUGGAUCGAGUGAAAGGCUUUCCCAAAGGGAAGGGCAAGAAAGGUGGCAAAGGUAAGAGCUUUGGAAAAGAUGGUAAAAGCAAAGGAAAGGGCAAAGGUGAUGGAAAAUCGAAAGGGCAGAACUUUGACUGCAACAACAAGGGCAAGAACCCCAAGGGCUAUGGCAAGAACAAUGGAAAGGGCCUAUGUGGUCAGAGUUCAACAGCGGCAACUUCGACGGUGAGAAGAAUCCAGAUCAUUGACCUGGACUCUGAGGAGGAGCCUGAUGCAGAGCAGGCAAUCAAAGCAGUGACAGCUGAGGAGGUCUAUGACAUGACCUACGGUGCCAAUGAGGAUGAGAUCCCAGAAUGUGCUGAUGGUCCAACAACUGUGGUGAGCUUCUUUGCAAGGGAGAUUGAGGAUGUGCAGUAUUUGGGCACCAUCAACACAGGUGCUGACGAUCCCUUUCUUCGACCUCGAGACCCUGAGCCUUCAGAAGAGCAAAAGCAAGCACGAGGCUUUGGGUGGCAUGGUAGAACUUUGGAGGAUGGAGUUUAUGAGGUUGACGAUGAUGAGGACCUCAACAUGGGCCCACAACAUGAAGCAGCUGAAGGUGAUCCGGUGCCUUUGGUGGGACAAGAAGGGCCAGUUCGCUGA